AUGCCCGUCAUCGACAUCAAGACCAAGCCCGAGUUCGACUCCCUCAUCCAGUCAACCCCCUACGUCGCCCUCCAGGCCCACGCCACCUGGUGCGGCCCCUGCAAGGCCAUCUCCCCCAUCUUCAACAAGCACGCCGACGCCCUCGCCGUCCCGGAAAAGUUCGCCUUUGCCCGCUUCGACACCGACGAGGUGCCCGACCUCGCCAUGGAGCUCGGCAUCCGCAGCAUCCCCGCCUUCUACGUCUUCGAGAACGGCGAAAAGGCCGACUCGCUCACCGGCGCCAACCCGCCUGCGCUGCAGAAGCUGGCCGAGGGCGUUGCCGAGAAGGCCAAGGCGCUCUAA